UAGAGUUCCUCUCUCCGGACAAGCGCACAGCAGCCACCCUCGUUUCCUUCGCGUCGUGGACCUUCGGCAUGUGCCUGACGUCCCUCGUCUCGUGGCUCCUCCCUAGUUGGCAGUACUUGGCACUCGUUUCCUGCGUUCCCUCCGCCCUCGCCUUCGCUUACUGGUGGUAUCUUCCCGAGUCCCCACGUUGGCUGUUGUCCCAGGGAAGAAUACAUGAGUGUGCGACCAUCCUGCUGAAUGUAGCCCGCAUCAACGGCAAAAAGGACGUAUACCGGACGCAGCUUGAGUCGGAUUUAUACAUCUUAUGGAACCUGCAGGAGAAGGAGGUGUCACUGAGGGAAGCCACGCGGUACCCGAAGCUGCGUCUGAGAGCACUUAUAUUAUUCUUUAUGGGCGCGUGUAGCUACCUCUGCUACGGCAUGGUGUUCCUGGGCAUCACCGUGCUCUCCAGCAACUACUUCCUCAGUCACUUCGUCGUCUCGAUCUCGGAACUUCCCAGCAAUGCCCUCGGGUGGACGUGUACGCAUUUCCUAGGCCGUCGCUUCACCUGCAUCUCCACUUUCCUGAUCACGGCUGCCCUUGUAGCCGCGGCGCCUUUCUGUAGACAUGAUAAAUGGGUGAUGUUAGCCAUGGUCGCUUUCAUCAGACUCUUCUGCACUCAACUCAUCUACGUAGUGUACGUGCAGUGCACAGAAAUCUUCCCCACGCCCAUCAGGUCUACGGGGCUGGCCUGGCUGAUCGUCUGCGGGCUGGCCACCAUGAUUUCCACGCCCUUCCUUCUGCACUCCGGCAUCGGGGAGGACUUCCCCUGGUGGCUGCUACUGGCGCUGAUGCUCCUGUGUGCAUUUCUGGGCACCUUCCUGCCGGAGACCAUCGGCCUGCCCUUGCCCCAGUCUUUCCAGGACGCGGAGGACCUGGGAAGCGGCCGGCCCCUUAGGGUUUGGAUCCACCACUGGAACCAACACCGCUUCGUCCCCACCUCGUCACAGGAGGAGAAGUACCAGGAGCUCCGGAAACUUUCCCUCACCAGUCCCGACGAACUCAAAAGGAUGUCGUGUAAUGAGAUGACGAAGAUGUCGCGUUGAGAUGUCAGAGAAUUGUUUCUGUUAAAGGAGGAGGAAGGUGGGUUUCUCACGUUCAGAAUUCGUGAGGGACUGUUAUCGAAGAACACGAUGAUUCGGAAGAAAGUGUAGGAAGGAAGAGAUGAACGUGAUAAAGAUGAGAAACAGCUUACACGACUUUCAGAAUUCGCAAGAAUAUGUUAUUGAAGAAGAAGAGAAGGAUUUGGAAGAAAGUGUUGGGAUGAAGAGAUGAAGCUGUUGAGAAUUUCGAAUAUCGUUAAAUAAAGAUACAGACUAAACGUUUAGAAUUCUCACGUUACCAAGAACAGACUCAGAAAAAAAUGUGAAGAAUAGAAAAUGAAGUGUUGAGAACAUAGAACAUUGUUUUGUUAAGAAAUGAGAUAGCUUUCACGUUCAGGAUUAACAAACAAGUGUUUUGAAGAACAACAUUCUGAUUAAGGAUUUCAAAGAACUGCAAGUUAAUAUGAGUAGAUUUUGCUCUGAGCAUUCAAAAGAAUAUUAUGAGAAGAACACAGGUAGAUUUCGUCAAUACCCAAAUAUUCCGCAUUUAGAACCUUUAAAACAUAAUGUUAUGUUUACCCCCCCCCCCCCAAAAAAAAAAAAAAAAAAAAAAAAGAAUAGACAUAUAUAAUUAUAAUAAUAAUAAUGAAUAAACAAAUAAAAAUAAUAAAUAAAACAAAAACAAAAAAUUGCCCGUAACAUUUUGUUUUGUUUUUAAUCAGGAUAAAUCAAGAUAUAUCAUAUAUCCUCGCAUUCAAAGAAAACCGAAUCCUUUUCUGAUUUUGGAAAAUUCAAGUAAAGACGUACACACACGCGCGCGCACACACACACACACACACACCGGAGUAUUUCUUCUUUUCUGUCGUUCAUAGGUUAUAACUUUUUUUUUUUUUCGAACUUGAGAGUGGCCUUUGAAGGAAAUAAAUGAUUAAAAAUGUAAA